UCCACCAUAAAGAAGAUUUUAUUGGAGUUUUUUAAUAAUAAUAAUAACAAAACUUGUGUCUUGAAUUCUCAUGGCUUCAAGUGCUGCAACCCUUCCAUCUAAAAUGAAAGCAUGGACUUACCUUGAGUACGGAAAAUCAUCUGAUGUUCUGAAACUACAAUCCGAUGUUGUUGUUCCCCAACCCAGGGAUGAUCAAGUUCUUCUCCAAGUUGUAGCUGCUGGGAUUAACCCCAUUGAUUUCAAAAGAAUGCUUGGAAUGUUCAAAAACAGUGAUUCCCCUUUACCCAUCAUUCCAGGGUAUGAUGUAGCAGGCGUGGUGGUGAAAGUGGGGAGCCAAGUUAAGAAAUUCAAGGAAGGGGAUCAGGUGUAUGGAGAUAUAAAUGAAAAGGCCAUGGAUCACCCAACGCAAUUUGGCACUAUAGCUCAAUACACUGUUGUUGCAGAGAAGCUGUUGGCUUUAAAACCCAAAAAUCUCAGCUUUGUUGAAGCUGCAAGCCUGCCUUUAGUCAUUGAGACUGCCUAUGAAGGCCUUGAACGAUGCCAUUUUUCUGCUGGCAAAUCUAUCCUUGUCUUGGGCGGUGCUGGCGGCGUUGGCACCAUGAUUAUUCAGCUAGCUAAGCAAGUCUAUGGAGCAUCCAAAAUAGCAGCCACAGCAAGUACCGGGAAACUGGAUUUGCUGAAGAGCUUGGGGGCUGAUUUGCCUAUUGAUUACACUAAUCAAAACUUUGAAGAUCUGCCUGAGAAAUUCGAUGUAGUAUACGAUGCAGUCGGGCAAUGUGAGAGGGCAGUGAAGGCAGUGAGAGAAGGUGGGGAUGUAGUGACAAUAUAUGGAGCGGUAGUUCCACCAGCAACAACAUUCAUCCUCACAUCAAAUGGAGCAAUUUUAGAGAAAUUGGAGCCUUUCUUGGAGAGUGGGAAAGUUAAGCCAAUGAUUGAUCCCAAUGGCAUAUUUCCCUUUUCUGAAACUCCACAAGCCUUUGCUUACCUUGAAACCGGCCGAGUUACCGGGAAAGUGGUCAUUUCUAUAAUCCCAUGAACAUUAUUAUUACAUCAACAUUGUAUGAGUCUAGGUUGUGUUAUCGGAUAAUGAAUAAAGAUUCUAGUUUUUAUGUGAGAUGCUUGCUCUUUAUAAAUAAAUAAAAACGAGUAGUUUGAAUAAA